AUGAUGGUGGUCCAUUCCUCUACUGUUUUUUUUUUGUUCCUUGAACAAGUUCCCUCCCUUCAAUCCCUUAUAAAUAAUGGGUUUUGCCUUUUGAAAUCUCAAACAUCAACAAUCUACCAUUUUGUUUUGGUUUUAGUAGCAGAAGAGGAAAAGAUAAGGGAGAAUUAUGGCAAGUAGUGGCGAAGAAGUGAGCAACAAGCAGGUCAUAUUGAAGGGCUAUGUCACUGGAUUUCCAAAAGAAUCAGACAUGUACGUGAAAACAAGUCCCAUAAAACUCAAACUACCAGAAGAUGAAAGUAGCAAUAAUGCUGUGUUGGUUAAGAAUCUCUACUUGUCUUGUGACCCUUACAUGCGUGGUCGCAUGGCAAAUCGUCCAGUUGAUGACCCCGACUUCUCUCCCUUCACUCUUGACUCUCCAAUAGAUGGACAUGGGGUGUCUGAAAUUGUUGAUUCUAGGCACCCUGGCUUCAAGAAAGGUGACUUGGUUUGGGGGAGGAAAAUGGGGUGGGAAGAGUACAGUUUAAUAAAAGAACCUGAGAAACUCUUCAGAAUUCACAAUACUGAUGUACCCCUUUCCUACUAUACUGGAAUUCUUGGCAUGCCUGGUAUGACUGCUUAUUUUGGUUUCUAUCAAGUUUGUUCUCCAAAGAAAGGGGAGCGCGUCUACAUUUCUGCAGCAUCUGGUGCUGUUGGUCAGCUUGUUGGCCAGUUUGCAAAGUUGAUGGGUUGCUAUGUUGUUGGAAGUGCUGGAAGUAAAGAAAAGGUUGAACUACUGAAAAGCAAGUUUGGGUUUGAUGAUGCUUUCAAUUAUAAAGAGGAGAAUGACUUGGUUGCGGCUUUGAAAAGGUACUUCCCUGAAGGCAUUGACAUUUACUUUGAGAAUGUUGGGGGUAAAAUGCUUGACGCAGUCCUUCUUAACAUGAGAUUCCAUGGUCGCAUUGCUGCUUGUGGAAUGAUCUCUCAAUACAAUCUUCAGCAACCUGAAGGCGUUCAAAACCUAACGACUGUUGUUUUUAAGCGAAUCCGUUUGGAAGGGUUUAUAAUAUUCGAUUACUUUGAUCAGUAUCCCAAGUUCCUGGAUUUUGUGCUGCCUUAUAUCAGGGAAGGGAAGAUUGUUUAUGUGGAAGACAUAACUGAAGGUCUCGAGCAUGGUCCUUCUGCUUUGGUUGGCCUUUUCAGUGGCCGAAACGUUGGAAAGCAAGUAGUGAAGGUUACAAAUGAGUGAUCAGCCUGCUUUAGUAUGUUCUGUCAAUCUGAAUAGAAUAUCAGAGAUGUCUGAAUAAGGCUAUGGAUUUUUGUCAUCCAUGAGGCUGCAGUUAUAUGGUUGUAAACUUAUUUUGUCAUCUGUAAUAAAAUUCAAGCAGUUGCAUGCUGUCUA